AUUCCUGACAGUCUGUCUGACAGCAGCUAUAAAACGUACUCAAGGGGAGCUGAGGAGAGCAGUGACUAGGGGAGAGAAGAGACAGUCACACAGGGACAGACAGAUACAGUGCCAGGGUCAGACAGAAACACAGGGACAGAGAGACAGUGUCAGGAACAGAUAGACAGAGAGCCAGGGGCAGACAUACACAGAAAGGCAGGUAUACAGAGAGCCAGGGGCAGACAUACACAGAAAGGCAGGUAUACACAGUGCCAGGAGCAGACAGGCACAGAAGGGCAGGUAUACACAGUGCCAGGAGCAGACAGACAUAGAAGGUCAGGUAUACACAGUGCCAGGGGAAGACCAACAGGAACAGUCAGAUACACUGCAAGACUCAGACAAACACACAGGGACAGACAGACACAUUGCCAGGGCUUGACAGUGAGAGACAGGCAGAUAGCCAGGGUCAGACAGACAUACAGGAGCAGAAAGACAGAGUGCUAGAGUUAGGACACACAAGGCAGCCAAACACAGUACUGGAGUCAGAUACACAAGGACAGAUAGACACGGUGCCAGUAUCAGACAUACAAACACAGUGCGAGCUUCAGACACAGAGGCAGGCAGACACAAUACUAGUUUUAGACACACAGAGAAGGCAGACACACAGGUGCAGCGAGAUACAGUGACUCUAUUCAAUACACAGGGUCAUACAAACACAGUGCUAGGAUUAGACAGAUACAUGGUCUGCCAGGCACAUUGAGCAUCCAAACACUGUGCCAGGGUCAGACACACACAGUGCCAGGGCCAUACAGACACAGUGCUAGGGUUAGACAGAUACAUGGUCUGCCAGGCACACUAAGUAUCCAAACACUGUGCCAGGGUCAGACACACACAGUGCCAGGGUCAUACAGACACAGUGCUAGGGUUAGACAGAUACAUGGUCUGCCAGGCACACUAAGUAUCCAAACACUGUGCCAGGGUCAGAUGUAGGCACACAUGACUGCCAGAGUCAGACACACACAGUGCCAGGGUCAUACAGACACAGUGCUAGGGUUUGACAGAUACAUGGUCUGCCAGGCACACUAAGCAUCCAAACACUGUGCCAGGGUCAGACAAACACAGUGCCAGGGUCACACAGAGAAGAACAAUUUGUCAGGGUAAAACAACCAUAAAAGAGAUCCAUUGCUCAGUACCAGGGUCAGGCAGGUUAAACACAGUGCAAGGGUCAGAAAGACACACAAAUACAGUGCCAAAGAAAAAUACACAGGGUAGGCAUAUACAUUGCCUGGGUCAGAGAGGCAGGACAGCCAAACAUACUACUGGGUCAAACAUACAGUUGCAGAUACACACAGUUCCACAAUCACUCAGAUACAGUGCCAGUCAGAGAAAUAUAGUGCUGCAAUUAGACACGGACAGACAGAAACAGUGCCAGGGUCAGACAGACACACUUAUAACCACAGGCAGAAUACCGAUGCAGAGAGGAUAACAGACAUCUUUUGUAUUAUCAUAUAUAUUUAUAUGUAUCACUAUAUAACAGACAGUUUUGACCUCUGACACAGCCUAUCUCUACUUAAACUUGCAUUAACUAGAUUGUAUGAUUAGUAUGAUAAGUGAGUGUGUAGCUCCUAUAUGUGUGUCUCUGUCACACCUUGCCAGAUGCUUCGUUGCUAUCCUUGGGAGUGAGUUUAGUUGCUUCGCUGUCACUGCUUUCACCUGUUACCUUGAAGAGGACCAGUGACUGUCAUCUGCCUCCAAGAAGCCCACCAGAAUUUUCUGAAGAUGAAGAUUAUGAGGGAUAGCCAAGAAUUAGAACUAUUUUUCAGGAAAAACAUGGAACCCAGGUGGAUUCUUCUUCUUUUAGCAGUUACUGCCACAUUUGCCCUGUCUCAGGAAAAUAUUCAGACAUCUAAUAGCCUAGAAGAUGGGGCAGAUGCAACUACUUUCUGGUGGGGGGAAUGGACUAAGUGGACAGCAUGUACGCGAACUUGUGGUGGAGGAGUUAAGUCUCAAGAAAGGCACUGCCUUAGACAGAGGAGAAAAACACUCAACAUUCAUGUGAACAAAACCUGCACGGGGACAUCAAAAAGAUAUCAGCUCUGCAAAAUUCAGGAGUGCCCAAUUAAUGGAAGGAGUUUUCGAGAGGAGCAGUGCACAUCUUUUAACUCUCAUGUGUACAAUGGCAAAACAUCUCAAUGGAAACCAUUGUACCCUGAUGAUUAUGUACACAUCUCCAGCAAACCUUGUGAUCUUCAGUGCACCACGGUUGAUGGACAGAGACAACUUAUGGUUCAGGCUCGAGAUGGGACAUCUUGCAAGUACAGCGACUAUCGAGGGGUUUGUGUGUCUGGAAAAUGUGAGCCAAUUGGAUGUGACGGCGUCUUGUUCUCCACCCAUACUCUGGAUAAAUGCGGUGUCUGCCAGGGAGACGGAAGCAGCUGUGUUCACAUCACAGGGAAUUACAGGAAGGGAGCUUCCCAUCUUGGCUAUUCAUUAGUCACGCACAUCCCUGUUGGUGCAAGGGACAUUCAAAUUGUGGAGCGCAAGAAAUCCGCAGAUGUGUUGGCUGUUGCAGAUGAAUCUGGCCACUUCUAUUUCAACGGGAACUUAAAGGUCGACAGCCCCAAAAACUUCAAUAUCGCCGGCACAGUAUUUAAAUAUAGGAGGCCGAUGGAUGUAUAUGAAACUGGCAUUGAAUAUAUAGUGGCACAAGGACCAACAAACCAAGACCUAAAUAUCAUGGUGUGGAAUCAGAAUGGAAAAAAUCCUUCAAUAACAUUUCAAUAUACUCUACUGCGUAGACCACACUCCCGAAUUACCCAGCCAAUCUAUUACAAUUUCCCUGACUCUGAGAGCGAGGAAAGUAAGGAGUCUAAUGACGAGUUUACACCCCGCAAUGCCAGCUUUAGCAACAAAGAGAAGGGACGAUGGAGAGGAGAUAUGCAGGACUUUGGACAUCGAGAUUCCACAGAAAAGCUAACACUGAUUAAAGGACAGGAGACCAAUGAGGUUUAUGAGACACGACAGUCAGGAGACUGUGAUGGCAAAGGCAAACCAAUAAAAGAACCAAGCACAAAUAGGACUUCCUACCUGUCACAUAUUGGAGAACAGGACUCAGCAUCUAAAUUUAACUCCAAAGAAUUUCUUCCGGGAAAUGUCAUCUUCACCCAACUGGCCAGCAAAACCUCAGACUCCAGGGAGCCCUUCAACAAUAUAACAAGGAGCGUCAUCUUUUCCCAGGGACAACCACUAAACUCAGUUGAACCAAACCUGGACAACCUUUAUGUAGACUAUGAAGAAAAUGAGGAUACUGCUGCUUUUGACCUCAACAUUACCUUCUUAGAGCUUAGCAUCGACAGAACAAGUAACACAUCUGCAGAGACACAGCUCAGCAACUCAACUGUCUCAGCUGGGAACUCAUCCUCCAAUAGGACACAGAAAGCAAGAAACAGGUUAAAGUUACUGCGGAAGGUGCAGGGUAUGAGCUCAGCUGACAUGUAUCGAUGGAAACUUUCUUCCCAUGAACCAUGCAGUGCCACGUGUACCACAGGAAUAAUGUCAAGCUACACUAUGUGCGUGCGAUACGAUGGGGUGGAAGUGGACGACACUUACUGUGAUGCUUUGACCCGCCCAGAGCCUGUGCAUGAGUUCUGUGCAGGAAGAGAAUGCCAGCCAAGAUGGGAGACCAGCAGCUGGAGUGAGUGCUCGCGGACCUGUGGGGAGGGCUAUCAAUUUCGAAUUGUUCGAUGCUGGAAGAUGAUAUCCCCUGGUUUUGAUAGCUCUGUGUACAGUGACUUGUGUGAUUCCGCCGAUAUCACCAAACCAGAUGAGAAGAAGGUCUGCAGAAACCCAACAUGUGGACCCCAGUGGGAAAUGUCAGAAUGGUCCGAGUGUACAGCAAAGUGUGGCGAGCGUAGUACAGUGACAAGGGACGUGCGCUGUUCAGAGGAUGAAAAGUUAUGUGACCCAAACACCAAGCCUCCUACAGAGAAAAACUGUACAGGAACACCUUGUGACCGGCAAUGGACCGCUUCAGACUGGGGACCGUGCAGUGGAAGCUGUGGUCAGGGGAAGAUGAUCAGGCAUGUCUACUGCAAGACGAGUGACGGAAGAGUCGUCCCUGAAUCUCAGUGCAAUUUAGACACCAAACCUCUGGCCAUCCAUCCCUGCGGAGAUAAAAACUGCCCCCCACACUGGGUUAGCCAGGACUGGGAAAGGUGUAACACGACCUGUGGCCGGGGAGCAAAGCAGCGAGUCGUUCUGUGCAUGGAGGUGGCUAAUGGCAAAGUCAAAACCCGCACUACCUCUGACUGUGAUGCUUCCAAGAAGCCCAGUGAGGAGAGCACCUGCUUCGAAAGACCGUGUUUCAAGUGGUACACCACACCCUGGUCAGAGUGCAGCAAAACAUGUGGAGUGGGAGUCCGGAUGCGAGAUGUCAAGUGCUAUCAAGGAACGGAUAUUGUACGUGGCUGUGAUCCAUUAGUGAAGCCUGUGGCUAAACAAACGUGUGAUUUGCUGCCUUGCCCCACAGAACCACCAGAUGACAGCUGCCAAGACCAAGCUGGAACAAACUGCGCUCUGGCAAUCAAAGUCAAUCUCUGCAGUCACUGGUAUUACAGUAAAGCUUGUUGUCGGUCUUGCCGCUCUGCUCUUUCAUAAUGUGCAAUAAAUGGGAGGUGGGGGUGGUCAGUCAAUGAAGGGGAGCUCUAUCCUUCAGAGCAAACCUCGGAAGAAGCAUUGUCUAGCACAUGGUCUGCGAAGAGUAUUAAAGCAAAAAUGCCCAGUAUGCUAGUAUACUUUACAGCACAGUCACUUUUGAAAGUGUUUUCAACAUUACAAGAGGCUUUGGUAAAAAGUUGAAAUCCUUUCAGGUGAAUGUAUUAUGUGACCUGAGGGUUAAAAUGAGAAAAGUUUUGUGGCUAAAGUUUCUCUGUCGUUCCCUUGACUGUGUUCAGCAAUAUUAGCAGACAUACAAACCCCGAGAUUUACUGAACAGUAAAUUCUCAAAGGAUACAUCUGGCCAAAGCUCAAAUUCCACCAUGUACCUCUUCCUGGCCCUGCUGGAGCACACCACAUGCUACUUCUUCUAAACGUGAUGUGAGCAGCUCAUGUAACUUGGCGACAACAAAUUCAGAGACAUUGUAAUUAAAUGAAGGGAUGUUAUCAUAAAACCAUGGCAGCCAAAUUCUACACAUUGAGCUGAAGAUGAAUUGUAUUGGUCUUUUCUUGCAAAAGCCUGGAUUGUGGUUAAUCUCCUUUUUUCCUGAUCUAUUAGUGCUC